UUGUCCAAUUUAGUUAUGGAGUUGCGCCACUGUGCGCAUACAGUCGUGAACGCACUCUUUGUUUUGUUUAGAUUUCCCGCUAAACAAAAUUUUGAAUCCAACGUCGAGCUGUGAGUUCGGUUUUCUGAAACAAUACAGUUUUUAUUCCGUAAUAAUUCAAUCUUAUGCGAUGGCCGAAACACCCGAUUCCAGCAAAUAUAAACAACAAUUUCUAAAAAAGUACAAUGAGUUGGUGGAAAGUAUAAACUCAAAACAUUUCGAGGAGUAUCAAAGGAUUGCGCCAAAGCAUCGGGCUUUUGAAAUCUUCAAAGCCGGGCUGCUGGAGAACAUACUGUCCUACUUCAAUAGCAUUUGGGAUUCGACAAGUACUGAUGAGCAUCUGAACAUUCUAGACUUGCUAAAAGCGGACCCGAAAAAUGAUUCAGAGAAAAAAUGGCGACCAACUGGAAAAAGUGCUGAGGAACAAGUACGCCCGCUUGUUAUAAAUAAACUAAAAUGGCAAAUAAAAAUGUACGAAAGGCAAAUUCAAUUCCACAAGCAACAACUAGAGCGAGCGGUGUCUCAGGUUGAGUUGGGACGUAAGAAAUGGGCUGAUUUCGUAGAAACGCGAGAAUCCUUGAAAGUUGCUCUUACUGGUGAGUUGCAGGAUUUCAAAAACAUAGAAUGCCAAAUUAUAGCUCUCGAUGAAACAAUAAUAGACGAUUUGCAGCGGUGAGUUCAGAAA